GUCAGAAAAAAUGGAGUAAAUUUGAUCUAUUUUACCCGAAAACAUGGCAUCCAAAAGAAUAGGUAAAAUGUUGUAAUUCCCUUGGCUCUCAUUACUUUUGCCACCUUUUCUUUGCUCAACUCUUUCAUAUAAGUAAAGCUCUUUGCUGCUGAACUCAUUCUCUACAGCAAAGCUAGCCUCAGCUUGAAAAGAAUUCAACUGGGGUUGCUUUUACCUGGUCAUUUCUUUAGACGUGUACCUUUCAUGGAGGUAUAACUAUAAAAGACUCCAAGAAAGUGUGGAGAGGAGGAGCCAUAUAUUAUCUAAGAGCUGUUUUCCCUUUGCCUUCACUGACCCUUUUCAGAGGUUUUGGAUUGUGAUUUAAACAGCUUGCAUCUUAGAUAGAAGUCUAAAUUUUAAAAAAGAUGGCAAUGCCUUUCAAGGAAUUCUUCACCGAAUAUGGUGAAGCACAUCAAUAUGAAAUCCAAGAGGUUGUUGGCAAGGGGAGCUAUGGUGUUGUUGCAGCAGCAGUUGAUACUCAUACAGGAGAGAGGGUAGCGAUAAAGAAGAUCGAUAAUGUUUUGGAGCAUGUCUCUGAAGCCACCCGCAUCCUUAGAGAAAUAAAGCUCCUCCGGUUGCUUCGGCACCCAGAUAUUGUAGAAAUAAAGCAUAUUCUGUUACCUCCAUGUCCGAGAGAAUUCAAGGAUAUAUAUGUUGUUUUCGAGUUGAUGGAGUGUGACCUUCAGCAUGUAAUUAAGGCCAAUGACAGUCUCACUCCUGAACAUUAUCAAUUCUUUUUGUAUCAGCUUCUUCGAGGUUUAAAGUUUAUGCACACAGCAAACGUGUUUCAUCGAGAUUUAAAGCCAAAGAAUAUUCUAGCAAAUGCAGAUUGCAAGCUGAAAAUAUGUGAUUUUGGGCUUGCUCGGGCAUCAUUUGGAGAUACCCCAUCAGCUAUUUUCUGGACGGACUAUGUGGCAACUCGUUGGUACCGCGCUCCAGAACUUUGUGGUUCUUUUUACUCAAAAUACACCCCAGCAGUUGAUAUCUGGAGUAUAGGAUGUAUAUUCGCAGAAAUGCUUACUAAAAAACCAUUAUUUCCUGGGAAGAAUGUGGUCCACCAAUUGGAUCUGAUUACCGAUUUGCUUGGUUCACCAUCCACUGAAGCCAUUUCAAGGAUUAAAAAUGACAAAGCAAGGAGAUAUUUAAGCAGCAUGAAGAAUAAAGCCCCUAUUCCCCUCUCUCAAAAAUUCCCAGAUAUAGACCCACUAGCUCUAAGCUUACUUGAGCGUUUGAUUGCAUUUGACCCCAAAGAUCGCCCUUCUGCUGAAGAGGCACUAGCACAUCCAUAUUUCCGUGGUUUAGCAAACAAGGAGCACGAGCCAUCUGCCCGGCCUAUUUCAAAAUUUGAAUUCGACUUUGAAAGAAGAAAACUGGCAAAAGAGGAUAUUAGAGAGCUCAUCUACAGGGAGAUUUUGGAGUACCACCCGCAGAUGCUGCAGGAGUAUCUUCAUGGCACUGACAAUACCAGCUUUUUGUAUCCAAGUGGGGUCGAUUGCUUUAAGGAACAAUUUGACCUACUUGAGGGGCACUAUGGCGAAGGUGGAAAAAAUGUUCUCCAUCCAAGGCGAUAUGCCUCCUUGCCUAGAGAGCGGGUCUAUGUUUCAAUAGACGAGGAAACUGAUCACGAUGGUGAAUUCGAAAGGCACGUUGAAGCAACUGUUGCUCAUAGAUGCCUUCCAAGCCCCCCAAAGUCACACGAGCUCAACCAAGCUGACACUAGGAAUGAAAAUGUAGAGCUUAGUACAACAAGCAACACUGCACGCUGCUUGCUGAGAAGUGCUAGCAUUAGCUUUUCCAAGUGUGUUGGGGCAAUUUGGGAGGACAGUGAGGAUACAACAUUCAAACGGUAUGAUAAUGGGAUUAGUAGAUCGUCCAAGGAGCCAGCAGUGUUGUUUGCUUGACUUCUUAUUCUGGAUGGAUGAGCUGGUGCUAGAUAGAUUUCUGGUAAGUGACACUUGCUAGAAUGUAACUGUAGGUGUUCUAUUAUUCAAUGUAUUAGAAACAAUCGACAGUUUGGCUAUCGAGAUCAGCCCGUUUCUUCUCUGUAUGACGUUCAAGGCGUCCUCCCUGUAGCCCUCUGCUAGUUUUAUUUGCUUUGACAGCAUCUUCAAAUGCCUGAGCAACUGUUAUUGAUGUAUAUAUAGUCCACCCCAUUUUAUUUUCCGAAAAAUCGUAGUUUUUCCUUUGUAUUCUCUUUUUCUUAGAGAUAGGUGGAGUUGUGCGAGUCUUGCAUCCUCUGUACAGAACUUGGCACCUAUUAUUCAAGAUUUUAAUUUUUCAUGAUUUUACAUGAGGAUUUGGAUUUGA